CGUUUCGUCUCUCACCCGACCUUUUGUCUUUCAUUGACAUAUUUCUCCAUCUGCGAUAUUCCAUUCGCAAUAAAAAAUAUAAUAUAAAUUACGUAAAACCGUUAAAAUGGGUGAGAACCCAGCAAGUGAUCAAUUAGAAGAAGGCGAAAUAGUUGAUGAUGAUUUCGAAGAUAUUUCCGAUAAUUCCAUCAUCGAGACAGCCUUUGGUAAGUUAGCUACAACUAACGAAUGUUUACGUGCACUUUCUUUAAGUAGCGAUAGCGAAAUCGAGAAACAGAUAAGAUAUAAAAGAAAAUCAUUGCAUCGCAAAUCGAAAAUUAAGCAAAAAAGACGUAAAAAAAUACGUAUUUCAUCUGACAGUUCCGAUAGUGAGACUCCAAACCAUGAUCUCAAAGGCAAAUUGAAUCAAGCCAUUCAUAUUAGCGGUAUCGAGGGGGGCCACAAGAACACACUAGAAACGCGGCUUAAAGCGAUGGGCGGUCUGGCAGCCAGCAGCGAGCCUGCUGCUGCCCCGCCCGAACCGGAGCUCGAAGUGCCUCCACAAGACAAAAACGAAGAAACUUCAGAUAGAAUUGAUGACGCAGAACUCGAAAAUUUACGAAUGGAGGCACUUAAAACGGCCGUUUUGAACAAAUGUCAACGACGAAAGCGAAAAAGAGCGCUCGAAACGCAGGAGACCGUUACGCCUUUGCAAAUGGAGAACAAGGAAAAUAAUACUCCGAAAGAUGAAAAAGUGAAAGAUGGUGAUGAGAAAGUGGUAGUGAUUGGUGAGUCCGCGAAUGAUGUGGAAGAGGAUGAGGAUGUGCUAAGGGCUUCCCUUCUAGCUGGACUGGCGAAAAAAAUCGCUAAAAAACAAACACCAAAUGAGAAUGUGAUGCAAGUGAAACAAGUUACAGCAACACUUCCAGUGUCCAUCGUACCAGCUCUUCCAAAACGACCAGUUACUAAAUUUAAAACGAAUACUCUUAUUAAGCAAGUAGUUAACAAUAAGGUGAUUAAUAAACACGUUAUCGCUAAUAAGAUGAUCCAGAAUGUCAAUAGGCCCAAACCACAAGUCAAGCCUUUGAUAAUCAAUGUAAAUGGAGAUUCUGAUAGUGAAGAAGAAUUAAAACCAAAAGCACCACAGACCGUAGCUAAUAGUAAUCCAGCCAUUCAUAAGCUUCCAGAUAUAACAGUUAGUGCGCCGCAAAAAAUUACAGAUUUAAAAGCCAUCACUACUAACGUAGAAAAGUUUUUAAAAGAACAAAGAGCCAAAUUUGAAAAUGAAACCAAAAAAAACGCACCACCAACUCCUAAUGGAGAUAAAACAAUUUUAGAGAAAUCUGCUGUUAAGCUUCUGCCCAAAUCACAACAAAUAGAAUAUCAGCAACUGCUUAAAAGACUGAGGAAUGCUGAAAGAAAGAAAAAAGCUAAGAAGUUGGCUCUUGCGAAAAAAGCACAUAAUGUGGCGGAACCCCCUAAAGUUAAUAAUGUUACGGUGGAAAUUGCUCAAAAAGCUGCGAUCUUGGAAAUUAAAACUGAAGAAAGUGCACCAAAAAUUGAAGUUGUUGUGCAACCUAUGACAUCGCCUAUUGAGAGGAAAACUUCAUAUGAAGAAUCGAUAAAGUCGGACAGUAGUUUUGGAGAUUGUUAUGUAAAGUCGAGUAAAGCGAGUGAUACAUCUGAGAGUCGGAGGUCGGCGAUUACUACCGAGUUGACAACGCUGCAGAGGACUUUGAAGGAAAUGAAAAUGCAUGGGAAUGGAAGUUUCCAGAUAAGAACCAAGUAUCAGGUGCUGACUCCAAUCAUAAGAAAAAUCACUGCAACCAGCAACGAAAGAAAAAAACAAGAGCAGCGGAUCAAAACCCUCCUUCAAGACCUGAACGAUGCAAGAAGCAAUCUGGCAAAAUCACACGAAAAAUUCUCUAUUCUCGUCAGAGAACUAGUUUCAAAAAAAGAAAAGAUCGAUAAGAGUUGUCAAGAACUGAAAGCCGAAAAACACAUACAGAACGGUAAGAUCGCGAAGAAUCGGAAACUUGCGAACAAAGAUCAAAGAGAGAGUAAGAUCGAGAAUAAUAAUAAAGAGAUGAAGACUUUACCUGUAACAUCUACUCCGAUUAAAUUACUAGAUGUAAAUGAUGAUGCUGCUCCGCCGCCAUUUGUAACGAGUUCUACUAACAAUGAUUGCGAAGAUAUGGAUGUGUGUAAUAGUGAUGAAACGGACAUUUGCCAGAUAGAUAUAGUUGAUCCGAAUGACAUCGAUCAGAUAUUUAAACGGAGGCCUCCCAUGAAGUCAACUAUACCUGAAUAUAUCUCGCCUUUGAAUUAUAACACUUAUGAGAGGUAUAGAAAUGUUGAUCCGCAUGGUAUAAUGUGUCCAUAUGAGGUGAACGGUUCAUGUAGGGAUAUUGAUUGUACUUACAAGCAUUAUCUCAAAAAUCAUGAAAGACUAUAGUGUAAUGUGAAGUUUUAUUAAACUGCAGAUGAUUAAAAUUGUGAUUAUUGUACAGAAAUAUAGUUUCUAGUGUAGUGUAAAUAAGUACAAAACGUGCCAUGAGUCUAAUACUUAAAAUCUCUACCAGACAACUUUUUAUAGCCAAAGUAUUUUUUUAUCGAUUCUUUGUAUUUAAUAUUUCCAUUGUUCUAUUGUUGUGCCGUUUUUACAAUAAAAAGUUAUA